AUGGUUGAAGCCACUUUGGUAGUGUUCAUAUAUGACUUUUCUGUGGUAGGUGAUACUUUUGAUGACUGUUUGUUAAAUCUUAGAAGGGCUUUACAAAGAUGCGAGGAGGUGAAUUUAGUGCUGGACUGGAAGAAGUGCCAUUUCAUGGUUAAGGAAGGUAUAGUUUUUAGUCACAAGGUGUCGCAUGAGGGAAUAGAGGUUGAUAAAUCUAAGAUUGAGGUGAUUGAAAACUUACCUCCACCUAUCUGCGUGAAGGUAUUCAAAGUUUUCUGGGCCAUAUUAGCAUACUUGCUGGGUACUAAGGUGAUAGUUCAUACAGAUCGUGCAACUCUAAUGUAUCUUAUGGCAAAGAAAGAUGCAAAGCCAAGAUUAAUCAGAUGGGUGCUGCUCCUUCAGGAGUUUGACUUUGAGGUCAAGGAUAGAAGAGGGUAUGAAAAUCAGGUGGUUGAUCACCUGUCCAGGCUGGACGUUGAAAAGAAAGAGGAAUUUGAAUUAUAUAUCAAUGACUCAUUCCCAGAUGAGCAGGUAUUAGCUACAACUCUUGAUCUUGUUCCUCAGUUUGUUGAUUUUACUAACUUCAUUGUUAGUGAUUUGAUUCCUGAAGGUCUAACGUUUCAACAGAGAAAGAAGUUCCUACAUGAUGUGGGUAAGUACUUUUGGGAUGAUCCUUAUUUGUACACGGUGUGUGCUGAUAACAUUAUUAGGCGAUGUAUCCCUGAGGCUAAGAUGCUAUAUAUCCUAGAGGCCUGUCACUCCUCUCCAGUUAGUGGCCAUCAUGGAGGUGCUCAAACAUCCCACAAGCAGCAAGGAGCUAUCUAUCGUCGCCAUGAGCUACCAAUGACACCCAUUCUGGAAGUGGAAUUGUUUGAUAUAUGGGGAGUUGAUUUUAUGGGCCCAUUUGUGAGCUCUUAUGGGCAAAAGUACAUACUGGUUUCAAUAGACUAUGUCUCGAAAUGGGUUAAGGCAGUUGCUCUGCCUGAGAAUGAUGGAAAAAUGUUGUUGGGUUUCUAA